AUGAAGGAUAUUCUCAAACGUGCUAGCAUGGUGGAUUGUAAGCCAGUGGUCACGCAUGUCUCUAUCGCGAAAACCGCCGACGAUGUUGCCACUCCCUAUGCCGAUCCAACACAAUACAGAAGUCUUGCUGAUGCUCUCCAAUAUCUUACGGUAACUCGUCCUGAUCUGUCUUAUGCUGUUAACCUAUUGUGUCAACAUAUGCAUGCUCCUACUACUACGGACUGGGCCUCUCUUAAAAGAGUCCUACGAUAUAUCAAAGGCACCCUGCAUUUUGGUCUGCGUAUUUCUCGGUCUGCAUCGUUGGAUAUUCACGCCUAUUCUGACUCAAACUGGGCUGGCGUGGCACGUUCUUCAACUGAAGCAGAAUACAAAGGUCUGGUUGAUGUAUCUCCUGAGGUUACAUGGUUUGUUUCUCUGCUACACGAGAUCGGCAUCCCACCUGCGUCUCCUCCUCGACUAUGGUGUGAUAAUUUGGGAGCUACUUACCUAUGUGCCAAUCCAGUGUUUCAUGCCCACACGAAGCACGUUGGGAUUGAUUAUCAUUUUGUUCGCGAUAAAGUAGCCAAAAAGGAGUUGGAGGUGCACUUCAUUUCAACUAAGGAUCAACUAGCAGAUAUCUUCACCAAGUCUCUUUCAUCUAUCCGUUUUAAUUCUCUACGUGACAAGCUCAACGUUUUGGCUAGCCAACCUUGUGUUUGA